AUGGUUGGUGUUACACUUACUGACCAAUGUUUUGCUUUAUUUGAUUUCAUAAGUUAUUGGAUAGUAUCAGAGAAACAAUACUGGAAUACACUGAUAUUUGAAGAAAAUAUAUAUCGGAUUCCAAUAGCUAGAUUACACAAUGCCAUGCAAAUGUCCAAAUAUCUUCUGGAGUAUCCUAUGGUUGUUUAUAUUACUACUCAUUGCCUGGCCAGUAUCAUUUUUCUUAACAUGGAUCUAUUUAGUGCUGAUUGUGUUCAGUGUCUGCUGUCAGUGUUUACAACCGUUAACCGAUAUAAUGGGCAAGGUGAUGAUGUUUCCAGUGACUUGUGCCAAAGGUGUUGUUGAAGGUAAUUCAGUGUGGUAAACAGUAAAAAACAAAAAUUGUGCAUGUCUAUUUUAAAUACACUGACAGAUUAUGUUUCAAAUAGGGAUGUCUGGCAUUUUUAUGCAUCCACCAUUCUAUUUUUUAUGCACUACUGUAUUGCACAUAUGUACUGUUUCAUUUCAUGUCAAGUUCUAUGCUUAACUUGUAUUACUGUCGUAAUUACUGCUUAAACAUGAU